AUGAUGAAACUGUGUAUUUUCAUAUUUUUCGCUAUUUUUUCACAUGUUUUUGGGCAGGAUAAUACGGCGGAUUUCGAAUUCUCGCCCUAUGUUUUUAAACACGUUGAAAUCCCAUUCAAAAAUGUGAGUACGGUAGAAAGAACCUGCACAUCUAACUCGAGAAGAAAAUGUUCGAGUUGGAAAAAAGUUGCGCUGGCACCGGGGAUCGAACUUGAGCUCUAGAAAUUCUAGGAUGUUUGGGGAAGAUUUUUGGCGCCAAAAAUCCACGUGGCAUCGACAAAUUUCGAUUUUUUUCAAAAAUUUUGGCGCGAGAACUUGAAUUUCAAAAUUUCUCGCGCCGAAAAAUCCAGAAUUUUUCAAAUCUCAAUUUUUGGCGGGAACAUUUGAAUUUGCCAAAUUUCCGGCAUAAAAAAUCCACGUGGCAUUUUGAAAAAAAAAAAAAAAAAUUGGCGCGAAAAGUUUGAAUUUAAAAAUAAGCUCUAAAUUAAUGCCACGUGGAAUUUGCGAAAUUCCACGUGGAAAUCAAAAAUCCACGUGGCAAAACUUUCAAUCGAUAAGAAUCCACGAAAAAAUGUCUGCAGGCGCCAGGAAUCGAACCCCUGACGUUCAACUUCAAAAAACCAUCAAAACGUUCUUAAAAAUCCACGUGGCAUCAAAAAUUUUUCAAAUUUAAUUGUUUUUUUUUUUUUUUUGAAAAAAAAUUGGCGCGAAAAAUUUGAGUUUAAAAAUUAGCUUUAAAUUAAUACUACGUGGAAUUUGCAAAGUUUUGCCAUCAAAAAUCCACGUGGCAUCAAAAACUUUUCAGAUUUAAUUUUUUUUUGUUUUUUUUUUUUAAUUGGCGCGAAAAAUUUGAAUUUGAAAUUUAGCUCUAUAUUAAUGCCACGUGGAAUUUUUACAAAAAUGGCGCGAAAAAUCCACAAAAAAAGUAGCCUGCAGGCACCAGGAAUCGAACCCCUGACGUUCCACUUCAAAUUUCAAAACUUCCAGAGCAACUACGCAAAAGAUUGGUUCGGCUCCGAUGUUGCUCUCGUCCAACAUCCAUUUUUAGCGCAAGCAAAAGCGGCAAAGCCCGGAAAUCCAGUUGCUCUUCCAACAAUUGCUCCGCUCGUCGUAAAAUGGUCGGAUUUGGAUAAUGUGAAAGUGAAUGAGAGAAAUGGUUGGCAUUUUGAGAAACGUGUGGAUACUCAUGUUUGGUGGCCGAAUAAAAAAUAA